CUAAAAGUAGCGCGUUAUAUGAAGGAGUAUGAAAUUGGAUUUAUAAGCAGUACAUUUUAAAAAGUCUAUGUGACAGACAAAUGAAACUCAGUAAAUUUGAUAUAACAGCACCAAUCAGUGUACAGCACUCCACACAUGUAAAUUACGACCCUAGAACUGGUGAAUAUGUUGGAUUACCGAGACAGUGGGAAAAUCUUAUUCCUAAUAACAGGCCUUCUAAUGAAUACUCAGGAUUUAGUAAAAAACAUGUACGAAAUGGAGUGCCUAAAAGGAGUGCAUUAAACUUCACCACGACCCCGAAUAUUAGUAAAACGUUUUCAUUCAGAGAUAUUGCAUACCAAAGUAGUCCACAGAAUCUUCAAAGCAAAGCUAAAUGUUCAUCUCAAGAACGAGCUGUUUCAAGGACACCAAUAAAGACAAUCAAUACACAUUCAAAUAAUAAUACUCAUAAUUACAAUAAUAGUAAUAAUAAUAAUAACAGCCUUAACAACCGGAAACAGAAAACUCAUUAUGAUAAUCAAAUUGACGGUAGAAGUCGAUGGAUAUUUAAUUCAGAAAGGCGAAAAUCCCCUCAACAUGAAAAUAGAAUGAAUACUGAUGGAAUUUAUGAUACAUUAAUGCAUAGACAAGAUAUGGCUAUGCAUAAACCACGAUCUAAAUCGAAACGUUUCGACAAAGAGGAAAGAAUACAGCUAGAAAUGAAUGAUACACUGUUUUCACGAUCUGCUUCUGCUCAUCCUAUUUUAAUGAAUCCACCACAAUUACCACCAAAGGUAUAUAAGGGUUUACGAGAAAGGCGCCAUAGGAAUGAAACACCUGAACGUUACCACACAAUUGGUCACUCAUCCAACUUCCUACCUGUCAAUACUAUCCGUGCUAAUUCACCAGCAUAUGCUGGAGAUCAUCGUAUAAUAGAAUAUCAAUUGCCUUCUCAUAUGACGUUGAAUAGAAAUGUCAAAUCUUCAAAAAUGCCUAAUUCACAUUCCCUUGGACAUGAUAUAAGUUUACUUAGAAAUAAUAAUAAUAAUGAAGUGAAUGAAGAUUAUCCCGCCAACCCCAUCAACAACCAUCAGAACAAUAUUGAACACAAUGGCAUCUAUCAUUCAAGUCAUCGUAAACACGGACGUGGUCGAAGGCAUAAACAGUUGGAUAGUAGAAGUAUGCAAGACAGUGAUCAGGACAAACUUAGUUUAGAUGUGAAAUCAAUGAAAAGUUCCCUAUCCGAUUGGAUGAGUGAUAGUAAAACUCGCAGUGAGACAACAGUAGCAUCAUCAUCGCAUAUUUCCUCCUCUGGUUUAGGCAGUUAUAAUGGAAUGUCGACGAAACUUAGCGGGACAACAAGUAAACUGAAUUCAAUUUAUGAAAAUUCUGGAUUACAAAAUGUGAAAAAAAUUAAUUCAGCUGAUCAUAUUGAUACGACGGAUAAACAAUUUCCAGUUUAUGCAUCAAAUAGAAAUAUCAGUUUAUUGAAAAAGUCAAAAACAAAUAGUCGGAAGAAUUCAGCUCCAUUGAAUCAGGUAAAUAUUUUAUCAUAUGACAAGGCAUCAAUGCCAACAACACCAAAUCUUACCUAUUCUACAUCCUGUUUAACAAUGAAACCAGCCGGUGAUGAUUUGCUCCACUCAUCCAACAUACCUUCUGAUUCAAUUCGAAUUACUAAUCAUCACAUGAAUUCAACGGAAUCCCCAGUUGACUGGUACUCUAUAAAUAAUGCCAGCAUCAGUAAAGACAAUAAUAAUAAUGAUCAAAUCAUGAAAAAAACAACAACAAGUAGACAUUCCACUAAGAAUUAUGAUUAUAAAGUUCUCAAUGGUCAAAAAUCAUCCUUACAUCGAUCCAACAGUUCAGGAUGCACCCGACCGAGACGAUAUCAAACCUCCUUUAAUAGUCAACAAGAAGAAAAUCCUUAUCAAAGUCAAUAUGCUGAUUAUUAUUUCCCGCCGCCGAAUUCAACUAUCAAACAUCCACAAGCCUCUCCAUUUGCAUUUAAUCAUAGAAACGAUAAUAAUGUUGAAAGUUAUUCAAAUAAUCCGCCUAUGCAUUAUACAUCACCAGAUAUUCGAAUUACUCGAAAUCAAACAAACUUUUUAUCACCAAUGAAGCAUUAUAAUUUGAAUCGAUCCGAUUUUCAAAUAUUUCCAUCGAAUCAUCAGAAUUAUGCGGGAAUGAACGGUGAAUAUGAAUCAGUUCGAUUGACCGAUAUGAUAAUUGAUGAGAAUGCAUUCUGUUUGUUAAAUUCUGAAGAAUUUCGUAAUGAACUUGGUAAGAUUGUAACACCAGGUGAUCCAAGGGCUGAUUUACAUGAAAUAUGUCGAAUUGGUAAAGGCAGCACUGGUGUUGUCUAUCUAAUGAGACAUUCCCCGACGAAACAUUAUGUGGCUGUUAAGAAAAUGAAUAUUUUCAAGCAACAAAGACGUGAAUUGUUAUUCAAUGAAGUGAUAAUUAUGCAAACUUAUCCUCAUCCGAAUAUAGUGGAAAUGUUUGGUUCUUAUUUAAUUGGAAAUGAACUGUGGGUUGCAAUGGAAUAUUUGGAGGGUGGUGCAUUGACCAAUAUUGUCACACGAACACUAAUGUCAGAGAAACAAAUUGCUACAGUGUGUCGUGAUGUUCUUCGUGCCUUGGCCUUUCUACAUGAUCAUGGAAUUAUUCAUAGGGAUGUUAAAUCAGAUUCAAUUUUAUUAUCUAUUGAAGGACGUGUUAAACUGUCUGAUUUUGGUUUCUGUGCAAGAGUGUCUCCUGAACAUCCAAGAAGACGAAGUCUUGUCGGAACACCAUAUUGGAUGUCACCUGAAGUGAUCAGUCGUUUGCCUUAUAAUACAUCAGUAGAUGUUUGGUCAAUGGGUGUAUUACUAAUUGAAAUGGUUGAUGGUGAACCAUCCUUCUUCAAUGAACCACCUUUACAUGUUAUGCGACAUAUUCAAAGAGAUGGUAUCCCUCACUUGAUGAAUCCUCACAAAUCCUCUAGAAAAUUGAAUUCCUUCCUUGGAUUAAUGUUAGUUCGUGAUCCAUUGAGAAGAGCGACAGCUGCACAGUUAUUAUUACAUCCAUUCCUGCUAUUGGCUGGUUCUAGUGAUUGCCUACUACCCUUGUUAUAUCAUUCAAAUAUUAUUUCAUGACAAGAAAGCUAACGGAAAUAAAAUUCAAUCGAAAUGUCCUACCUAACACAUUUUGCGAGACAGAUAAUUUCUUCAAUUCCCUACUCAGAAAUUAUCAUUUAUAGAAAUAGAUAUUUUAUUUCGCAGAAAGUACAUAUAUGCCCAGAUAAACUUUCGUUUAGCGUUUUUUUAUACUCAGUAGUGAAACCAGAGGCUUCCUUUCUUCCGCUCUCUCUUUCUGUAGACUGCCAUAAAUCUAAGUCUGCUCCUUCCUUUUUUCAAACUUUCCAGUACCUAGAUUAACCUCAAACAUUCC